AUGAAAGAUCCAACACAAUUUUCGUUGUUCAAUAAAAACACUCUUCAACACGCGAAAGAUUUUUUAAAAACUUACGAAGAAUUAUUCAAAUGGACCCCAUCGGAAAAUAUUUUGGAAAUUGGAUGUGCUGCAGGGAAUAUAACCAAAGAAGCUCUUUAUCCAUUCGUGGAAAAAUACUUAAAUCAGCUAAAAGCAACCGAUAUCUCCGAAGAAGCCAUCGAGUACGCAAAAAUUAACAAUGUCAAUAAGAAAAUUUCUUUUGAAGUACUCGAUGUGACCAACGAAGAACAAUGUUCGAAAUAUAACGAAAAAUUUGGACAUAUUUUUGGGUUUUAUUGUUUCCAAUUGAUUCCAGAAACAGAUUUGUAA